CAUGGAAUUAUUUCUACCAUAGUUUGUCAUCUCGAUUGGUAUUUGAAAUAGCAAAUAAUUAAAAAUAAUUCCGGGAUUCGAAUUUUGCAUGCAAAACUCAAUGGUUAAAUACUGCAUUUAAAAACAAGACGAAUUCAUGUAUGCAAAAGUAGUAAACAACGAAAAAUUCAUUGCUAGUUUCUCUCACAGACUCUCACACACCGACAAACAAACACACGCAGCGAAUUCAUCAAACAUCAAUAUGUAAAUAGAGAAUGCUAUGGGCGAGAAAGAGCGCAUCGUAUACACCACGUCCAUACACGAACGAGGCAAGUGAAGGAGAAAGCGAACGACAUUCGAACCAACUUCAAAUCAAUCUCGCUCGAUGGUGCUGAAAAUGUCAGAGAGCAUUGAAACUUAACAAUUUAGACUCUACAUCCAAAUCACAAUAUUUUUGCGAGGUGUACAACUUUAAUCGUAUUCAACAAAAAAAAUUGUACGUUCCAUGGUUGCGGUGGUGUGAAUAAAUUUCAAUUAAAUAAAAAAAACUGAAUAGAAAAUCUAAUCGUUGCAUUUUCAAUUUGGCGUUUUUUUUUCUUUCGUAUAAAUUUUUCCACCAUCUCAUUCACUCACUCACUCUCUGUAUCGCUCAAUUCGAUACGACAAUGUUGAAAUUUGAUGAAAAAAAGAAUCAUUCAUAUUAUUUAAACUGAAAAACGGGAGAGAAAAUUUUUAUUUAUUAUAUAUGGAUUUGUUGAAAUAGAAAGCGAGCACACAGCUUAACUGCAAUGAGCGGAAAAUCGAACCCAGGAAUGGCGUUCAGCGCAAGUGAUGUAACAAUGCCGAACUGUAGUGGUGGUGGCAACAACAGCAGUGGUUGCAGCUUGUCCAAGGGCAGUGGUUCCACCGAACGCAAUAAAAAAUGGCAAAUGGAAUUGCUGAUGGAGCGUUUGCGUUCGAAGUCCGCACAAUACAAACCGCUACAAGAUACAUCGAGAAACAUACGCCUUGCCAUGCUCGAAAAGCGGUAUGCCUUGGACAUGGUGGAAAAAUCCAAUUUACAAAAGUGUUUGGAUCGCAUGCAAUACUGCAUCAAAGUGACAACGCGUCAAGGUUUAGUGGAGCGAUUAGAAAGUCUAUCACGUCAAUUGGGCCUUAAAUUUUCCGAUGACAAUCUCAAUUUAUUCAUAUCGUCGGACAUGUUUUAUUUGGAAAUUAUACUGGAUAGCCAAGGGAAAGUGCAUGACGUCAAAGUGCAUCAUGAAUUUAAAAUGGAGCAACAAUCGUGCCAGGAGCUAGUGAGCUGUUUGCUAAAGGGUGACUUUGCCGAUUUUACCGCUCAACUCGAGGGAUUGACAUCGAUUUAUCAGCUAAAUGCCGAUAAAAAGACGAAAAGCAAUGCCUUCGUUGCACUUCAAGCCCUCGAAAGUGACCUGCAAACCUUGUAUUCGUUGUACGCAAAUAACAAAGAUCCAUAUGUGUUAGUGAAAUCAUCCGUUGGCAUUUUGCAACCACGACGAGGUGGUCAUCCCAUGCGUCUUACCUACUUCGUAUCACCCUAUCAAUUGUUAGAUGCUGAAAAUAGCACACUUCGGCCGCUAACCGUGGAUCUAGUGCAUGCUCAAAGUUCAAUUGGCCUAAGUGUGACGGUGCAUCUUGAGGCUGCCUCAUCGAAUAAACUCCAAAUUACGCCGAUUGUUAAAGUACAAGACGAUGGCCAGGGGAAUCGAUUACCCGAAUACAAACCAAUCAGUGCUGACAAUUCCAUUAUGUUGCCCGCAUACUUUGUGCUGCGUCUCAAUAAACCGAUUGUAAUCGGUGUGAAUUUACUACGACAAAUCGAGCAAAUAACGCGCACCAAAUUCCCCGACGAAAUCAUCUCAAAAGCAAGUCCAAUUCUGAGCCUUAUAGCAUGUCACGGUAGUGACGGUCAAAUCACAAACACAUCAAAGGGUUUAUUUGUUUCACUGCCCGACCAAACGCACUGCUACUUCUUAACGGAAAACUUUGAUUUACCAGGUGUUGUCAUAAAGAGUAUUCCAUUCACAGAGCCAUCACAGGUUCCACAGAUUUUACGCUUUCUCCGACAGCAAUCUCUAUUCAACACACUAAUUACGAGCUGUAUACGUACCUCCAAUUAUAAGUUCGAUAUAGAAAAUACCAGCAUGUUUGAAGUUAGUGUAUUGUCGUGCCAACACAUUUCAAUUGCACUUGAGCAUCCAUUCAUGGAGACAAUGGCAACAAUUGAGCUAGACUUAACGAAUAUACCAAACAUAAAAUGUAGCAUUUUUUCAUUGGAUGGUAAUUAUAGUAACAUUACGUCGGGAUUGUCACGCAUUCUACAGACCUGUGCAUCGAUACCCAUAACAAUUCGCAUGUUGAUCAAGUAUUGGGAGCGGGAGCACUUGAAUAAAGUGCGCGGUUUGGACAGCAGUUUGAGCUUAUUUUGUAGCCAAGGAGGAAAUCUUAGUGCCAAUAAAGGAGCUUUUAGUGAUUUAGAAAAUGGUACAAUUAAAAAUGGCGAUGCGUCCAAACAUAGAGGAGAAUUGGGUGGCGAAAGACAACCUCAGCGUUCUGGCGAUAAUACUGCUGGCAGCAACGGCAGCGGUGAUGGAAAAUCUACAAAACGGCGACGAUCCGAAGAUUUCGAUUUUUUUCAACGAAAUGAUCUCGCCUCAAAAGAUAUCAGCAAAGACAUGUUUGCGAGGAUUCAGCGAACAGACACAAUAACAAAAGACGUCAACAAACUAUUGGAUCCAACAACCGAUGGUCUAUUCAAAUCGUCACAAAGAUUGGGCGACGACUCGCUGAAAGAUACAUUUCGGACCUCAUUGACAGAUGACUCAAAAAACAUAAAAUUUGCAAAAACAAAUGCAGAUUGUGAUAAAGUAAAAGUGAACAAAUCCGAUUCUUACGAUCCGAACGGAAAGCGUCUAGAUAGUAGCGGUUUGAGUGAACCGAUAAAAAAGAAACAGAAGCGACCACGUGAAGAAAAAUUGGCUGACGGCAGCUCAAGCUUGUCAUCAUCCGUUAGCAUAACACCGAUUGCUUCGAUGCAAUCUUCCUCCGUAUCAACGUCAUUAUCGAGCACAGCUCAAUCAACAACUGCAUCCAGUUCAACGUCUUCGAAUUUAAGUUCCGUGCUGGGCACUUCAGCACAAAACCUAUCAUCUGACCAUUGGUCACAACAACAGCAGCAGCAGCAGCAUCAGCAUCAGCAGCAGCAACAUCAACAACAACACCAACAACAGCAACAACAGUCUAUGUAUCGCUUAGAGCGUAGGCCUGGCAUUGAAAUAAUUCCGAUAUCUUCGCAGCCGACACAAAGCCUGAAAUCGUCCAUAACAAUUACACCAAUUAACUCAACGUCAAAAAACAGUAGUAGCGCUGGUGCGAGCGGUGAAAAGCGCACUGGCGCAAACAAUGGAAACGAACACAGUAGCAGCAGUAAUAGCAGUAGCAGCAAACGUUCCGAUGGCCUAUCAUCGGACAGUGGCCGACUUAAGUUGGAAAAGAAGAAGAAACGUAAGCGCGAGGAUAGCCCAAUGGGACCACCCGAGAAGAUGCCCGUUACAGUCAGUAUUAAAACAUCUGAUGGUUCACCGAUAUCGCCGUCUGGCCAACAAUUGCUUCGAAAAUUUAAUUCGUCACCGGUGCUACAGCAAUCUAGUAAAAUUAGCCUAAGCAGCACAUCGAGCAAAAUUAGUCCAAAACAUUCGCCACACAGUGGAAGCAGCAGUCAUAGCAGUCCAAAACAUCAAAGUUUACCAAGCCCCAAAGGGAAUCAUUACAGCACAUCGUCACCGAAACAUUCGAGCUCGGCUGGUUCGGGAAAACCAAGUAUGUCUACACUCAAAUCGGCAACCAGCUCACCAAACUCCAAGUCAAGCAUCGGACCAUCCGGUGAACGUGUUAAAACUUACUCAUCCUCAUCUGGCCGCGAUAGACAGGACCGUGAAAGAGAUCGAGACCGAGACAAAGACCGUGAUCGAUAUAAAUAUUCGUCGGGCAGUAAUAGUCCGAAACUAAAGGCAAAGAUGGCCACAUUCAUCCCGAUGGAUAGUUUAAUUGAUGCAUCGUCAUCUAGCCAGGAUUCAAUCAAAUCCUGUGGAAGCAGCCAAGCCAAUAAAAAUCGCAAAAGUUCACUAAGCGCUGUGAUCGACAAAUUGAAGUCAGCGCGACAUGUGAACGAUGAAUCACCACCCAAUACGCCAACACUUUCGACGCCACAACAGUCGAUUGGUGCGGAUGCAAACAGUGUGUCGUCUGCGUCGACUGGUCAAACAGUUAGCAAAGAAAAAAAUGCAUCAGCCAAUACUCAAUCUUUAAACUUGCCUAAUGUUUCGGCGAUAUCAAUAACUUCGGUGAAAAAUAACAGUGAGUACAUGGUCAAGCAUAGUUCGGAUGGCAUGAAGAUAACCAUCAAUAAAACGCGAACAAAAGACAUGACUUCACCUUCGUCUAAACAAAACUAUCAACACUCAUCCAGUUCCAGUUCAAGUGGAAGCGGUUCGAAUUCACCUAAAACGCAUACUGGAUUGAAACCGGGUGUAAACAGUGGACCAGCUUCAAAGAAACCGCAUGCAUCGCUGCAAUCUUCACAGUCCGAUUCAAUAAAAGAUUCGAAUGGUUCACAAAAGAGACUCACACCUCUGGACCCAACAAACGCCAGCAAUCAAUUAUCCAGUUCGAACAGUACACUAUUCAAUUCUUCGUCAUCUACAAGCACUAAGUCACUCAUUUCGAAAUCCAGUUCGUCGGGUUCACUAAACUCAACAUCUGCAUCGCUAUCGAAACUUUCAUCCGCCUCACUCAAUUCAUCAUCGUCAAUGCUAAAAGGUUCGACAUCUUCAAUGGAUAGCUACAAAAAGGAUAAAAACCGUUUUACCAAUAAAAGCGGCACAGGUAAUGGCAACGACCGAGCACCCACCACAAAUCGUGAUGUAAUGAAAAUGCUGGGCAUACAAAAUCCAUCGCAGUCGCUGGAUGUGUUUGGUAAAACUUGGGAUACAAAGUAUCAAAUACCAAAAUUGUCAGCGCGUUCCAGUGCUAAUGAUAAAGAUACAUCAACAACCAAUACGUCAACGGUGACAGCCUCACCGCUCACUACCCAAGAAACCAAUUCCAAUAAGUCAAUGGUAAAUUUUAUGUCAAACGUGCAUUCAUUCGGUAGCAAUCAAAUGCUCUCGAAUAAAAUCCAUGGUGGACGCGCAUCUUCUGUUUCGCCCAAAUACAAUUUGAAUACGGAGAGCAUUUCGAACUUCAACAAAGACAUUCACAUAUACAAAUCGACUUCAUCGGAUGCGCUUCAACAUCAAUCACAGUCGAGUGGCCACCAUUUGCAAUUGCCUAGUAGUGGGAACAACGCGUUCAGUUCGUUGCUAACAAACAAAUCUAUGAAUUCAGCAUCGAAGAAUCUAUUGUCGGGCACAUCACAGCUGAGCGGAUCGAAUAAAAGUAGUAUAUCCAAUGCUGGUGCCAAUGUAGGAACCUCUUCAUCACCUUUGCCCAAGGACUUAAUGAGCUUUCAUGAUCAAUUUAAGAAAAGUCGUCCACCACCGCCAGCCAAACCAAGCGAUAGCUUUCCCAGCAAUGCUGCCAACUCGCUGAUGAAUCCCAAUCAAAUGCGCAAUAUACAAUCGUCUGCAAUUCCACCGAAUCCACAAACUGUACAAGCGGCACCAAUGCGACAACGGCCAAACAGCGGCAAUUCACCACAACAGGUGCUAUUAAGUUCUGACGAUGAAAUUAUGGACGAUUCAUUAGUUGGCAAAUGACGUAUAAUUUUUUACUUUUACGCAGACAUUUUCUAAAGAACUUUCCUCCGAAAACAACGGUUCAGUGUUCUGGGCUUGAUCAUUCACACACAAACACACAUACACACACACACACCCACAAUAUAUAUCGCCACGAUUCUGUAUUGUAUGCAAUUUCAACGACUCGCCGAUUCCAUAAGACAUAAUCGAUUCGAUUUAUUUGGCUGCUCAGAAUUGACCAAGUUGCAAAGAUGUCUGUUCAAUCGACGAAAAAAGAAAACGUGGAUCUUCUCAUCACAACAUGUUUGGCAGUGAACAUGAUGUUCACAGUUUGGUGUUAGGGUAAGGGCAGCCUUACAAAUAUGCGUCGUUGUCUUAUGUAUCUCUGAGAGAAAUUUAACGAAUGAAAACCAGAAGAAAAUCACUAAAACAUAAUACGAACGUAUGGGAUGCAAGUACAUAUAAGAAUUUGUUUGGUGAUAAAUUUAAUGCGUUGAAUUUUUAUAUCUUAAUGGCUACUAAUGAAAAAAGUCAGAUUUACUGCCGGCACCGAUGUGUCGGUAGCAUCUAAACACUCUAAGAUUUCAACUGAGAUGUCAAAGACAUUUUCAGGAGAGAGAACAGAGAGAGGGACGAUGACAGAGAGAGAAUAAUAAGUAACUAAAUGUAGCGAAAAUUUUAAAAUUCAUUGAACACAGAAAAGGGAAUGUACCAUGUAAAGACCACAUAGAGAUAUAUUUUAAAAGUCUACUCUAACGAAAUGGAAUAUGUUGACUGUAUGAUUUAAUUUAGUGAUUAUAUUCUUAAAUGGAACAAAAAUAUAAAAAGAGAGGGAAAAAAUGAUCAGAAAGGGGUAUGGAAGGAAAUGAAAAGAGAGUCUGUAUUUGAACUGUGAUUGCGAUUGAAUAAUGUAUAAUGAGAAUGUUGAACAUUUGCAAUGGCAUGCAAUUUGCAUUGUAAAUAAAACAAAUUUUGGCUGAAA